AUGCGGUCACCAUUGGUCUUAGCUCUUGCGCCGGAGCUUCAAUUGCUGUCCAGGCGCAGCAUUCGAACAACAUCGCCAAGAUGGCUUUCCACAAGCCCCAGCUUGGGAGCUCCUCGAAGCUCCAAGGCGCCGUUGGGCUCUGUGUUUUUCCUGCAGAACCGCCUAUUUGACAGGUCGAGCUGCCUUGAUUCUGUAAUAUCGAGGCGCAAUUCCAGGGCAACUUCAACCUCUACGAGCUCGACAACCCCGCCACCAAAUCCCCAGUCGCAAACGCCUCAACAACUCUCAGAACUCGCUCCCCACCGUCGACGACAGGCCCGGAAGCAAGCCCUUGCUCAAGCUACCUCGUCCGAAGCUCCUCUACCUCCCGAUGCGUCGUCGCUCCUCACAUCAGCCGCGGCCGCGCAGCCCAAAGAUUCCUUGCGCCGAACAUUUUCCACCUUUCUGUCUCUCUCAAAGCCCCGCCUGACGGUCCUCGUUGUCUUGUCCGCCAUGGCACCGUACGCGCUGUAUCCGGUUCCCGAAAUGCUGAUGCCGACAAUGACGGAAACGCCAAGUCUGAGCCCAUUGACCCUCUUUUUCUUGACAACGGGAACUGCGCUGUGCUCUGCAAGCGCAAACACUCUGAAUAUGCUGUACGAGCCAUCCACCGAUGCCAAGAUGACGAGAACAAGGAACCGGCCGUUGGUGAGGGGUCUGAUUUCGAACCGAGCUGCGGCAUUGUUCGCCAUCCUUUGCGGCGCAGCUGGUGCCGGCGCUCUUUACUUUGGUGUCAACCCCACAGUUUCGUUCUUGGGCCUUUCAAACAUUGUUCUUUAUGCCGGCGUCUAUACACCUUUGAAAGCUGUCACCGCUUUCAACACUUGGGUGGGUGCCGUUGUCGGUGGGAUCCCGCCCCUGAUGGGUUGGGCCGCCGCGGCCGGCGAAGCUGCAACAAAGGACGGUUCUUGGAGGGAGCUGCUCUUGGCUAGUGACGGAUCGUCCAUCGGCGGAUGGCUGUUUGCCGGCCUUCUUUUCGCAUGGCAAUUUCCGCACUUCAUGGCUUUGAGCUGGCCCGUCCGCGAGGAAUACAAAGCCGCCGGCUUGCGCAUGCUCGCGUGGACGAAUCCGGCCAGGAACGGACGCGUCGCUUUGAGAUACAGCCUCGUCUUUUUCCCAUUGUGCUUUGGUCUUUGUGCGGCCGGCGUGACGGACUGGUAUUUCGCAUUGACCAGCUCGCCCAUCAAUCUCUGGCUGGCCCGUGAGGCUGUCCGCUUUUGGAAAUUCGAGGGCCACAAAGGGAGCGCACGGGGUCUGUUCUGGGCAAGCGUUUGGCAUUUACCAGGCGUCAUGAUACUCGCGCUGCUGCACAAAAAGGGAAUGUGGAGUCGAGCUUGGAGGAGCGUGUUUGGAGAUGACGAGGAAGGGGAGUGGGAGGAGGAAGAGCUGGAGGAGAUGGCGAGCAUGACAGUCACUACGGUGGCACAAAAGGGCGAGACGACACAGCCAGGACGGUGA